CUAUAAUGACCACCGAGACUGCAACAAUGGACACUUUUUCUAUUGCUGGAACCACUUCUGCUGCUAAACAAAAUGUCAAUGACGUUACUUCUGAUGAUCAUUUUGCCAGUCUUGUUGCUUCUUGUCCAGUUUCUGUCAUUAAUUGCUGGGCAGAAUGGCAUGAACCCAGCAGAGAUAUGAAUUUGGUCUUUGAAGAGCUGUCCCGAAAAUAUCCUGUGUUGUCCUACAUCAGAUUCGAGGCAGAGACUUUCCCUGACAUCUCGGAAAAGUAUGAGAUUGCUACAGUUCCUACUUUCAUGAUCCUGCGGGACAACGGAACAGUUGUUGAGCGUAUCGAAGGUGCCAAUGCUCCACUGCUGACCAGUACCGUAGAUAAAUAUUGCAAAUACGCUACUACAUUGUUGGCCUCUGCCACGCCUUCUCUCAAUGCUGUAUCUGCUGACUCGGAUGCUGACUCGAAUGCAUCAAUGGAAAAGAAACUAAAAGUACUGGUGUCAUCCCAUCCGAUUAUGCUUUUUAUGAAAGGCACUCCCUCGCAGCCCCGAUGCGGUUUCUCUCGACAGACUGUAGAGUUGAUGGCUCAAGUGGGUUGUGAAUAUGGAUCAUUCGAUAUUCUUGCAGAUGACGCAGUUCGUCAAGCUUUGAAAAAAUACAGCAACUGGCCAACCUAUCCUCAGAUCUAUGUCAAUGGUGAGCUUAUCGGUGGACUAGAUAUUCUCAAAGAGCUGAUUGAACAGGGAGAGUUUCAGAAUAUGGUUCCCAAGGAAGACGAUCUCAACACUCGUCUAGGAAAGCUUGUUAAGCGUGCCAAUGUCAUGCUUUUUAUGAAAGGAUCUCCCUCUACUCCUCGCUGCGGGUUUUCGCGCCAGGUUGUCAAACUUCUUGAUGAACAGAGUGUUGUAUAUGAAACAUUCGAUAUUUUGGAAGAUGAGCAGGUUCGAACUGGACUGAAAGAGUACUCUAAUUGGCCUACAUUUCCUCAACUUUACAUCAAGGGUGAGCUUGUAGGAGGUCUGGAUAUUCUCAAGGAGAUGAUUGAACAAGGAGAAUUUCAAGCCAUGAUUGCAUAAA